AUGAAUAAAUCUAAAAUAAUAGAAGAUGCAAUAUGUCAAUUAAAUUCUAUUCUUUCUUCUGCUCAUGAACAAUUUAUUUCAAAUCCUAAUGAUUUUUUUUCUCAGGAUCGUAUUUCAUCAUUAGGUAAAUACAUAUCAAUUCUAUCCAAUCUCUGUAAUUUGCUUAAUUUGUCUGGUUAUGAUGAAUUAAAACAACAUCUAGAAAAUUCUUCUUUCUCUAAUCUUCGAACUCGAUGGAAUAACUUUCUAUCUGAACUCGAUAAUCAAUCUAUACUUUCAUCAUCGUAUCCAUCGACAUUACCUUCUGAUGUUCAACUAUUGAAUGUUAAUAAUAAUGAAUUGAUUGAUUUGAAAAAUAUAUAUACAAAUCAUGAUCGAAAUUUAUUUGUUUUUCUUCAUCAAUGUCAUAUUGUCAUUAUUAGUUUUACAUCAUCAAUUGAUAGUGCCCGUCAAUGGAAAAAUGAAGUUGAAUGUCCUUUUGAUAUCUAUUGUGACAGUGAUCGUCGUCUCUACCGACAUUUUGGAUUUCCUGCUAAAGCCUAUGCUCGAGUGUGGAAUGUUCAAACGUUGGAUUAUUAUGUUGAACAAAAAUUAAGUGGAAAACAAUUACCAACGCUAUUAGACAAAAAUGAUGAUCCAAAUCAAAUGGGUGGUAAUGCUAUUACUGAUCGAAAUGGCCAAGUUAUUUGGGUUUACAAGAGUAAAACACCUACAGAUCGACCAAGUGUCCAGCAGUUGCAAUCUAUCUUAGAACACUCGAUCCAUGACGAUAGUCAUCUCAACUUCGAUAAAACAUGA